CGGACACAAAGGCUAAAUGAAGAAGCCGUCCGUUUCGAACAAAGGACCUAGUUACAUAGAUGCAGGAAACAGUGAAGUGUCUGUACUGUUCGUACUUGUUGAAGUAAAUAAAAAGCGAAAAUAGACGAAUAGACCAACAAAUAAUGCAUUAAUAAGUAGAUUAAUUAUUUUACACAUGAGAAUAUAUAUUUUAAUAAGUCAUUUUGUGAAACAAUUUGUCAUCAGAGACCCCAGGCUGUAGGCCGUGACCCGUCGUAAGAGGCAUGCGCUGCCUUUAUGCUAUCUUCUCCGAGUUUAAGCUGUAACUCCCUAAUUCUAUUGCAUAAACCAAUCAACACGUAACCAAUCAAUUUAUCAACCGAAACAUCGGUCAAUAUGUAGAACUCGUGGGACGAUCUUCUUCAACGGCAGGCGGAUUUUAGGUCACACCGACUUUUCCAGGUCAACAAUUAAUUCUGUAUUUUACUGACUACCAGUGCACGUUCAACUGUUAAUAAAUUGACUUGCAUGCUUUACAUGCUGUUAACAGUUGCGUUUGGAAACGAAAAUAAAAGCUAGAAAAUUUAGAAGAACUUCAUGGGACACUAAAAUAUCAGAAUUAGCACAUGUACACAUAAGAUAAGCCCGCACACACUGCACAAACAGUUAAGAGUGUCGUGUCUUGGGUAUGACGGUUGGCCACUAUGCACAAAGUCGCCACCAGUAGGGAGCGCUGUUGUGUUUUUCCUUUCUUUUUGACAUCAUUCAAUUUAUUUAUUAUUACAUUUUUUUACAUUUUAGCAGUCUCAUUUUUUAUUUGCAUUUCCGUUUGUUUAUUAUCAAAUUAGUGAAAUUGAUUUAACUGAUUUAUAUUGUUUUAUUGGGCUGAUUUUAUAUAUGCUUGCCACAGGUGCUGUUUUCUGUAAAAGCCUCUUGCUUUACAUAAAGCAGUUUUUGGUAUCCUUUCUGUAAAGACCCACGUAAGCUUUUAAAUGAUAAGCAGCAUACGUGCACACUCCGCAACUAACGUAUAGGCUCGUGGUAUAUCACGCAGAACGCACGCACGUUCCUACGACCUUCAGAGAACGUUCUGCACGAAAAGGAGUGGGUUAAUCUGUGCAACAGGCGGCAUGUAUUAUCUCGCGAAGCGUUGGCGUGUUUUUCCGGCCGUUCUCCUAUAUAAGUUCGCUUUGCCCAAAGACAAAUCGCUGUUAUAUGUAGAUUUAUUACAGUGAAGCCGUAACCAAAAACAUGAAGGUCCCGAUUGCAGUUCUUUUCCUGGCAGGCGUUGCCCUGGCCCAAGAGCUCCCGACAAGACCCCCAAAGCCCACCCGACCAUCCCUUGAGGAGAGGUGUAAGAUGAUCGCCCAAAAAUGCCAAAGUGUGAACCAGGCGAACACUUUGAAAAUCUGCGGCUCCGACAAACAAAUGUACACCUCCAAGUGCCAAUUCAUGCUCGCCCGCUGUGAAAACCCCAGCCUGCGCGUGGACAGAAACAUCAGACACUGCAUGGGGGACCUGUCUCAGUUCAGCAACAUGACCAAGCCCACCAGGGGGCCACGCCCAACCAAACCAUCCCUGGAGGACGUGUGCCAGAAGAUUAAGAUGGAGGGUUGCCCAGAUAAGAUGAACGAAGCCAAUAUCAGGAUCUGUGACAUGAACGGCAACGUGUACACCAGCAAAUGCGCAUUCAUGACAGCCAGAUGUGCCGACCCUACCCUGCGCCCUUCUCGUCGCUGCCCUCGCCCCCAGCCUACCUCUGAGCCCACGGAGCCCGCGCUGUAAAACCGUGGCUCGGA